CCAUUGGCUCCUCCUGUGCCACAUUAGGUGCCAGCUCAGAGAAGGAUAUAAAAGAUCAAAAGUCUGAUUCCAUUCACCAGAAGAGCUCCUAAUCCCAGCUUUGUGAUUUGGCGUGGAUCAUGACUCGUCUUCUAAUACUCCUGGCAGCUCUCUGCGCCAUUGCAUAUGGAUGCCCUCCCAUUGUUAGCAGAUCUGCUUGGGGGUCAAGGUGGACAAACUGCAAAGACUCCCUAAAGCCCCAACGUCCAUUGGCAAUCAUCCACCACACGGAUGGGGCAAGCUGCAGUUCAAGGGCUUCCUGCAUCAGUCAAGUAAAGGGCAUUCAGAACUACCACAUCAAUAAAAAUGGCUGGUGUGACAUCGGAUACAACUUUCUAAUCGGGGGUGAUGGCUCUGUAUAUGAAGGUCGUGGGUGGACGAAGCUCGGAGCUCAUGCCAAAGGUUCCAACAGCCUCUCCAUUGGGAUCGCUUUCAUUGGAAGCUUCCAGAAUAAACUCCCACCUCAGGCUGCCAUAAAUGCAGCUAAAAGUCUUAUCCAGUGCGGGGUGUCCAAAAACUAUAUUAGGAAAAACUACACCCUAAAAGGACAUCGGAACGUGUUCCCAACUGCCUGCCCCGGAAAUACAUUGUACAAUAACAUCAGAACCUGGGGCAGGUUCAAGGAGAAAGGAUUCCUACCAUAGAAGUCAGUGUAUUUAGCAGGGAUGGAGGAAAAGGAAAGCUGCUGAUUGGAAUCGUAGUAUCGUCCUUCUCUUCAUUCCUCUGUCCCACUGAUCUGAUUUUAUUACUAUCAGCAUCUUACUAUUGCAAAUCAUAUAUCUGUCCUGCACAUAUCUAAUCAUUCUACUAUUGCAGUAAAUUAAAA